UACAUUCUUUAAGGUUUCAUGUGAUUUAAAUGAACUUGUGUAGCCAUGUCAUUCAUUUCGCCUGUGAUUCAUUUUGUGUUUUCUUUCUCUUCGCAGGUGCCCUUGGUGGAGGAGGCAGCGAGUGGACCUACACGGGGCAGCAUGGACCUCUUCACUGGGGCUCCAUGUUCCAGUCCUGCGCAGGCAACCGUCAGUCCCCCAUCAACAUUGAGACCUUGAACGUGAAGCAGGAGUACUGGAAGCCUCUGAGCCUCAAGAACUACGAGAAGGCGCCCUCCAGGAUGCGUGUCAAGAACAACGGCCACUCAGCCCAGGUUGAGAUCGACGCCCCGGUGGCCCCAAGGGUGUCUGGUGGAGGACUCAAAGGGGAGUACAUUUUCGCCCAGUUCCACUUCCACUGGGGGGCAGACUCCACUCUCGGCUCUGAGCACACCAUUGAUGGCGUCAGGUACCCUAUGGAGCUCCACAUGGUGCACUACAAGGGUUCCUACGGCACUCUGGGGGAGGCUGUGAAGAGGAGGGACGGUCUGGCUGUGCUUGGCGUGAUGCUCGAGGUCUCCAGUAGCGACAACCCAGCCCUCGCUCCCCUUGCCACCGCCCUGCUCAACGUGACUGAUGCUGAAAUGUACGCUGAGAUCUCCGCCAUGUACCCACUGAAGGCCUUCCUUCCGCGUAAUAUCGAGAAGUUUUACCGAUAUGAAGGCUCCCUCACCACCCCCACUUGCAACGAGGUGGUCACGUGGACUGUCUUCGACGAGGCCAUCUCCAUCUCUGAGCGACAGCUGAACAACUUCCGUGCCCUGAUGGACCCCCACGGCGGCAGGAUUGUCAACAACUUCCGCCCGCCCCAGCCACUCAACAACAGGAAGGUGUUCGUGUCCGCCGAGAGCAGCGCUGACUCCUCCACCAUGAAGAAGGUUGGGCUCACCGUCUACUUCAUGACCUCCAUGGCAGUGCUCAUGAUGAAUAUGUAAAUGCCUUUCCUCUUCCACCUCCACCAUCACAACCACCUCUUCCUGCAUUUCCUCCCUCCCCACUCUUCCUCCCCGUCCCUCCGGCGUGAGGGUCGUGGAGGGGCGGCAGGGGGUGAGGGCUGGAGGUGCAGGGCGUGGUGUCUCUGGCCACUCCUGUGACGUUGGUGCCCCGUGCACACCUCUGCGUCACCCAGUGGAAGGAGAACCGACGGAGAACCGAAGAGGUGAACCGCUGCCAUUCAUCACCAUCACCGCCAUUGUCGCCACCAUCAGUAUUGUUAAUAGUGGUUGAAGUUUUUACUUUGUCCCAGUACCGAAUAAUCUACUCAUGAACCGGCCGCUUCACACACUCACUCACCUCUGAAGCACCGAAUCUGAGACUUUUUUUUUCUUUUUUAAUGUUGAUGUUCUACGUCUUUCAAUUCACUCAAGACUACGAGAAAGGAGUAUAAGGAAGAUGACGAAGCAAGGAUGUAAAGCAGAAAGAAACACUAUACAAAAAAAAAAAAAAAAAAAAAAGUAAUGAAUGCAUCUCGUUAAUCCGACACGUUGACUCGACUUUUUGUUUCGAAGCAGCUACUCGACACGCGGUUCACUUUUCCCAAGGUACUCAAAUUUGUUCCCUUCCUCAUUAAAUGCCAGUAAUGUGAGGCCAGUACUUACCAAAUUAGUAUACUGCACAUACACACACACACACACACACACACACACACUAACCCCUUCGCCUUGUUGUUGACGCACACACUCCCACCAUGUGUGCGUGUGUGCGUUUGUAUGUGUGUACGUAUGUAAAUGUAUUAUUCAGUAAAAAUGUUUAUGGCAUUUCAAAUACACGAAUUUGUACAUUAUAUAUAUUACGGCCAGUGCUAAAUACCUAGUCCCCCUCCCACCUGGUAUGUGUGUGUGUGUGUGUGUGUGUGUGUGUGUGUGUGUGUGUGUGUGUGUGUGUGUGUGUAUGUGUGUGUGUGUGUGUGUGUGUGUGUGUGAGCGGGUGAGUCAGUGUGGGCGUGCCAAAUAAGCUCAGAUAUUUAGUAGACUAUUCUCUCUCUCUCUCUCUCUCUCUCUCUCUCUCUCUCUCUCUCUCUCUCUCUCUCUCUCUCUCUCUCUCUGUAUAUCUUUUUAU